CUGAGAUUGACAUCCCGUACCGUCUUCCAGAAAGCCUGGGCUAGAACGCAAUCUCUAGGCCCUAGACCUUAUCUUCUUUUCUGAUGUCACUGAUGACACAAGAGUGUUAAUGUUAUGCGGUGUGUGUUGAGUUUCUAUAGUGUGUGUUUGUGUGAUCACGUGCGUGACCUUUCACGUGUCAAAAGGUUACAGUAUUGUGCUCAGAAAACGAAAGUAUCAACAUCGCCAGCUCGACAAUACAACGACUUGCCAGUGUUACUCGAUUUAAUUUUUCAUUUCGGAAAAUGUCUGAACAUAUAAUUCUCCACAGUGGAUAUCAUCACCCAACUCUAAGAUCAUGGCAGUCUCAGGGAACAAUAAUAACGCCAGAUAACCUUAUGUAUCCCCUUUUUAUUGUAGAUGACCCAGAUGCAGUCCAAGAAAUUAAAAGCAUGCCUGGGCAGUCUAGGUAUGGUGUUAACAGGUUAAAGGAAGCUGUGGGCCCACUAGUAGAGAAAGGUCUGAAAGCUGUUUUGUUGUUUGGUGUACCAGAGAAGUUGGAAAAAGAUGAAAGAGGUUCUGGAGCUGAUGCACCUAAUACCCCUGUUAUUGAAGCCAUCAUAUUACUGCGAACCAACUUUCCAUCCCUUCUAAUAGCCUGUGAUGUGUGCUUGUGUCCAUACACUUCCCAUGGCCAUUGUGGGUACUUAAGACCAGAUGGAACUAUUGAUAAUGAACCAAGCAUAGAGAGACUAGCUGAGAUUGCAGUGGCUUAUGCACACGCUGGUUGUCAAGUUAUCGCCCCAUCAGACAUGAUGGAUGGUAGGAUAGGAGCUAUAAAGAAAGCCUUGUUCAAUAGUGGUCUAGGUAACAGGGUGUCAGUGAUGAGCUACAGUGCCAAGUUUGCUUCCAGUUUCUAUGGACCUUUCAGAGAAGCUGCUAAAAGUGCUCCAGCUUUUGGUGACAGGAAGUGCUACCAGCUUCCACAUGGUUCUAUUGGAUUGGCAGAGAGAGCAGUGGAUAGAGAUGUUGCAGAAGGAGCAGAUUUUUUGAUGGUGAAACCUGGCUUGGCAUAUCUGGAUGUUGUCAGGAUGGUUAAGCAAAAGUAUCCUACGCACCCAUUGGCUAUUUAUCAUGUGUCUGGAGAGUAUGCCAUGUUGUACCAUGCUGCUGUUGCUGGGGCUUUUGAUAUGAAGGCUGCCGUCAUGGAGACAUUGCAGUGUAUGAGGCGUGCAGGUGUGGACAUUCUCAUCACUUAUUUCACACCAAUGGUGCUGGACUGGAUAGACAAGGAAUCAAAGUGAAAGUUAAAUAGAAAAGAUGACUCUUCACCUUUUGAACCCAAGAUUUUUUUAUUGAUGCUUUAUAAAAAGAUAUUAAGAAAUAAAAAAAUAACAACCCCAUUGCUUAAAAGGCAGAUAAUGAAAUGAUGUUUAUUGACUAUGCUAUAAAUAUCUAUUCAAUUUCCUUAUAUUAGAUCUAAUUAUUUGCUUAGAUUUUAAACUCUUUCUCUAUUAAUCUAGUCAAUAUUUUCAUUUGAAAUCUUCAGUUUCAACUUGCUGUAUUUAAUUUUUCAGGUGCAAUCCACUUUGCAUGGUUUAUAAAAUGUAAUUGUUGCUGAGGAGUUGUGAUGUUACUUUUUAUACUUACCUGUUGCUAUGGUAUAUAAAUCAAAACUAUAAACUAAAUGUUUAUGCAUUAGUUAUAAACUUAUUUUGACUGUUGCUGACUUUUAUUUUUCACUAUGUUAAAUGCUAAAAAAUGAACUUUAUAUAUUUUUCAAACUCAAAGAUUUUUUCUCUUAUGUAGUCAACCAUUGACUGUGAAUAAUAUUUUAGCCACAGGCUUAAUAAAGUUUGUUGAAACAGACAAUUAUAUAUACAGUAGAACAUUCACAAAGCCAGAAAGCAAUCUUGGGAUAAAACAAAUUUAAAACAAAACGAGGUCUUUAUUUUUUUUGAAUGUUUAUCUUUAGUGAUAAUUGUUGUAUACUCCACUGUGAAUUUAUGACAAGGUUCCCCUUUUUUCUUUCCUUGUUGGUUUCUAUAUUAUAUUUAAUUUUUUUUGUUAUUGUAUACUCAGUACACCAUUGCAUAUGAGCUGCAUUAACUAGGGUAGUGACUUUGAUUCUUCAUUUUCAGUUUUGGCUGUUUCUAAACAUUUUUUUCCGUGUUGCAAAUGUAUGCCAUUUUGAAAUCUUAAACAUUUUUAUUUUUAGCUUAUCCUCUUUGAAAUUGCUUAUAGAACAUCCAAAAAACAUUCAUAAUUUAUAAAAGUUAAAUAAAUCUAUUAUCUCAUUUGCCUGUUGUUUAUAAGAUUUAUAGAUCUAAAUGACUGUAUUAUGAAGGAUCUUUAUGCCUUUAUUUUGCCUGUUGUGUAAAAGUUCAAUUUUAAAGAUUUAUAAGCCUAUUGUUUAUAAGUUUUAAAAUGUCUACUUUUUUCAGGAUUAGGAAGAAGCAUAUUUUCUAAUAAAGAUUGUAUUUGCUUUCUUUUUAGCCUACAUUUAUGACAUAUAUCUACAUUUUUUACAUAUAUGUACGUUUGACAUAUACCUACAUUUUUUACAUAUUCCUACAUUUUAAAUGUUGGACUAUAUUUCUCAUGUUAACAAACCAGUAUAUAUAUAUUUUAAUGGACCAUGUUUAAAUGCAUUUAUGACAAAAUAUGUUGAUCAAUUAAAAAUAGUGAAUCCCUGAUAACACUCUUUGGAGCACUAAGGUGAUAUUGUACAAGUUUAAAAUGUUUCUAUCUGUACUUGACCAAGUGAGUAUGUUGUACUGAGAUAGUGCUAUGUCAGGAUAUUGAUGAAGUUCAACAGACUACUGAUUGUGUUAACUAUGUUACUAUCUCUAAAUAUCUUUUUGUCAAAGCUCUACAAAGGUUAACAUUAUAAAAGAAUGAAAUGUCCAAGUUUAUGAUGUUACAUAAUGAAUUCAAUGUCACAAGAUUUGUGCUAUUCAAUAGUAAUGGGCAUUUUUCUUACAUAUCAGUGAAGUGUGAGAUUUAUUGUUUGUAGCUAUGCUAAGUUUUGGAGUAAACUGAAUUGUGAGAUUUAGUGGGUUUUUUGGAGGUUAAGGGAGUAACAAUGAGUGACAUUAUUGUUUAGCAUAGAGAGAAGUUUGAUAUACGUUUCUAAACAUAUGAUGGUAUAUGUUUGUAUUAGUGCCAUGUAAAUGAAGAUCUGUGACUGUAUUAACUAUUAUAUGAGUUAUGACAAAAUCACAUCACUGGAAUUAUGUUCUUGAUAUUAAUUUACUCAAGCUUUUAGCUUCAAGCUGUAUUUUCCUAUAGCUCCUUGGUGGUUGUUUUUUUUUCAAACCCUGCCUGAUGCCAUUCCCUGUUGUCUCCCCUGAGGUUUUGGCUAUGGUGUAAUAAUCUUCAUGUCUUAGGGUACAUUGAAAACAUGUAACCUAAGCAAAUCAAAAUACUAAACAUCAUCUGAAAUUGAAUGCAGUGUUGAGAUUUUUACUUGGAGCAUGUGGACAACAAAAUGACAGUGUUAUUGGCAGCUUCUAUGUGGGUCAGUGAUACCAGACAGUACAUCAUUCUAAAUUAUAGGCAUCUACCUAAACUAUGCAAUGAAAAAUGCACCCCAAAAACAAAUAUUGCAGAAACAACAUUCUUCUUCCUGCUGAAAUCCAGAGAUUAUGUAAACUUGCUAAGUACUAUGUAAAUAUUGGUAGGUCUGGGAGCAAAAUUUUAAGUGAACUUUUAUUUUCAAUUGAUGUAGAUCUUUAUAACCUAAGCAGCCAAGAUUUAUUGAAUACUUGGGGUGAGGAGGAAGUAAAAAUGUAUUGAAAAAGUAAUGUAUAAUAAUUUCAAAUAACUUUUUUUUUCUUUGCAUUUUUUUUGACAAUAUAGUUAGCAUCCACAUUUACCUACUAAUGUGGUUCAUAUUAAGGCUAGUCCAUCUGGUCAAUUUUCAGAAAUAGGCCACUUCUAAUUUAUUUGUUUCAUCAAAAUUUAAAUAACUUUUGAAAUCUUUGUUGAGGAAAAAGAAGAUUUGAGAGAGAGGUGUUAGCUGAAGUGAUGGUAGCUCUUGACACUAUUAAUACAGUUCAAUUAGUUUUAGUUUGUUUUGAUUAAUCAAGAGUAUAGGCCUUCAAAGAAUUCAUUUUAAAUCUAUAUCUAAUGUUGCUGGUGGUCCAAUCGAAUUUGAGGUAUGCCUUACAAACUUGACAGUGCUGUAAAUAGAUUUGUGAGGCUUAGCAAAUCUUUCAGUUCAUUGUAGAACUGUGUGACUAUAAGUGAUAAAUAUAUUUACUCUAGUGAAAAUGAAAUAUUAGAGAUUUACAAAAACAAAUGCUUUGCAUCAGUAGCAUAUUCAGGUUACUUCAGGCAAGAUAUUUGCUGGAUUAUAGUUUUUAGUUGGCCUAAUGUGUCAGAAGUAAAGAAGUUGGCAUAUUAAUCUCUCAACAUAGUAGUAAGUUGAUCAGAAUAUGUAUUUUUU